UAAUGCAUAAAAAAAAGUUGACCCACGAUUUAAAUUUUAAAUGCACUAACAAUGAAAAGCUAGUGGUGUUAACUUACAGAACAACCCUAACCAAACACUCCGUGCUCUAUCUCAAAACAUAAACUAAAUUUGAAUUUCUCUACCGAUAACCAAAAAACCGCCGUGUUUUCGACUUAUAAAAUUCUAUACCUUUCCACACCCUUCUGCACAUUUUGCUUCCCUCAAGGAUAUUGCCGCCUUUGCUCACUCUUCCGAUAACCCCAACAUGGAUCCGGUCAGUAAACGGGUUCAUCUGGCGGCCUUGCCGUACCCCGGCAGAGGUCACAUCAACGCUCUCAUGAACUUCUGCAAGCUCCUUUCCCUCAAAAAUCCCAACAUCUCCAUCUCCUUCAUCGUCACCGAGGAGUGGCUCAGCUUCCUCGCCGCUGAUCCAAAACCCCCAAACAUCCAUUUCGUCACUAUCCCCAAUGUUAUCCCCUCUGAGCUCCACCGCGCCAACGACUUCCCGGGUUUCAUCCGGUCUGUCCAAACCCAUAUGGAAGCUCCCGUUGAGACUUUACUCCGCCGCCUUGAGCCGCCGCUGACUGCCAUAAUCGCCGAUACCUUUGGCAUUUGGGCUGUCCAGUUGGGGAAACGCCUCGAUGUUCCAGUCGCUUCACUCUGGCCCAUGUCCGCUACGGUUUUCUCCAUUCUAUAUCAUUUCGAUCUUCUCAAGGAAAAUGGGCAUUUCCCGGCUGAUCUCUCAGAGCGGGGAGAAGAGAUUGUGGAUUACUUUCCUGGAGUUUCGAAGAUUCGUCUUGCUGAUUUGCCGUCUUUCUUCUCCGGCAAUGGUCUUCAAAGCAUCGAAUUCGCUGUGAAAUCAGCUCGUUCCGUUGAUAAAGCCCAAUUUCUCAUCUCCACCUCGGUUUACGAGCUUGAAUCCUCUGUUCUUGAUAGCUUAAAAGCAAAAUUUCCCUUCCCGGUCUACACCAUCGGACCCAGUACUCCAUAUUUCGAGCUAGAAAGCUCUGUCUCAAACGACUAUCUCCGGUGGCUGGACUCCCAAACAGAUGGCUCUGUUUUGUACGUUUCACAGGGGAGUUUUCUUUCAGUCUCAAAUGCCCAAAUGGACGAGAUCGUCGCCGGUGUGAAAGCCAGCGGUGUUCGGUUCUUGUGGGUGGCGCGUGGAGAUGACGAUCGGUGGAAGGAUGUGGACAGGGAAACUGGGAUGGUGGUUGGAUGGUGCGAUCAAUUGAGGGUUCUGUGCCAUCGCGCCGUUGGGGGGUUUUGGACUCACGGCGGUUGGAAUUCGACUUUGGAAGGGGUUUUCGCCGGCGUUCCGAUGCUUGUCUGGCCGAUAUUUUGGGAUCAGUUUCCGAACAGUAAGAAGAUUGCGGAGGAUUGGAAAGUUGGGGUCCGAUUUAAAGGAGCUGGGGGUAAGGAUUUGGUGAGGAGAGAGGAAAUUGCAGAAUUCGUGAAGAAAUUUAUGAACUCAGAGAGCGUUGAAAGUAAGGAGAUGAGGAAGAGAGUAUCAGAAUCUCAAGAGAUUUGCCGGCGAGCGGUGGCAAAAGGUGGUUCUUCUGAUUCCAAUAUCGAUGCAUUUCUCAACCAUAUUUCGGGAGAUUUGGAAAGAAUUGAGAUUUUUAGGUUGUAUUGAUCCGAUUGGGAGAUUUGAAAACACAUAAUUUGGUUCUUGUAAUAAAAAUGGGGUGUUAUUUCUAUGCUUUUAA